AUGAUUAUCCAGAAAUUGUUGAAUAAAUUGUUAAAGAAUGAAACGGUUGAAGAAUAUAAACAGGCUGUUCGUAAAGAUAUUAGAUGGUUAGCUUUUACAUCGACAUCUAAAGAUCGUGAAGCAGCUGAAAUGUUUAGUGGAAAUACAUUGUUUAUUAUUAGUAUACCUAUGCAUGAUGUUUACAAUAACUCUCUAACUGAUAUAUGGUCUCUUUCACAUUAUAUGACUGGUUGA